CGGACUAGUAGUAAAUCUGUUCGUGUAGCAUUGGGUAUAAUAUUUACUGUACCGUGUUAACUAGACACCGUAGACUUGUUGAUAUUCCUGAUAAAUCUCAUAAUAUUGACGAUUUAGGUGACUCGCUGUGGAUGAAAGCGUUAAUCCGACUUAAACCCAGUUAAUCCACUGACCCAUCAUGGCGUUUAAUCCAUAUCUUCUGCAGCGCUCAAUGGACUAUACAAUGGGCAACUUGUUUCUCCCGAACCCCUACCUCCCUCCUAUGCAUCUUCAUCCCCAGGGAUUAACCGCUCCCUUGCCCAAAUUAUCCCAGAUGUUCGAUAGAAGUGGUUUCGUACCGAGUGACACUGUUUCUCAACCCUUUCGUCCCUAUUCUUGUGCUGAUAGCGAUGCCGAUGUUACGGACGACCCUAAAGUUGAAUUAGAUGCCAAGGAACUGUGGAAUUCUUUCCAUGAAUAUGGCACAGAGAUGGUGAUUACAAAGUCCGGCAGACGAAUGUUCCCGCCAUUUAAAGUGAAAGUAUCAGGUUUAGAUAAAAAAGCUAAAUAUAUUUUAUUGAUGGAUAUUGUGGCUGUUGAUGACUGUAGAUAUAAAUUUCACAACAGUAAAUGGAUGGUAGCGGGAAAAGCUGAUCCAGAGAUGCCAAAGAGGAUGUACAUCCAUCCAGAUUCUCCGAGUACUGGUGAACAAUGGAUGCAGAAGAUCGUCUCCUUCCACAAGCUGAAGCUAUCCAACAAUAUCUCGGAUAAACAUGGUUUUGUAAGUUAUCAUUUCACUAUAUUGAAUUCUAUGCAUAAAUAUCAACCCCGGUUCCAUCUAGUCCGUACUGAUGAUAUAUUGAAGUUACCGUACAGUCCAUUCCGUACCUUUGUAUUUAAGGAGAUGGAAUUUAUAGCAGUCACAGCUUACCAAAACGAAAAGAUCACGCAGCUAAAAAUAGACCACAACCCAUUUGCUAAGGGCUUUCGGGACACCGGUGGAGGAAAGAGAGAGAAAAAGUAA